GUCAAAGGGCUGUCUACUUUGCCUGACCAAUGUGGAGCCCACUGUGAGCAGCCCAUUUCAGAGACAGUUUUCGUCUUAGUCCAGAAAGAAUUAUUAAGAAGUGACUGUCUAACAUGGCUUUAGCAGACAAGAGACUUGAGAACUUACAGGUCUACAGAGUUCUUCAGUGUGUUCGCAACAAAGACAAGAAGCAGAUAGAGAAGCUGAUCAAACUUGGAUACCCCGAGCUAAUCAACUUCACUGAACCUGUGGAUGGACUGAGUGCUCUCCACUUAGCCUCAGUUUCCAAUGACAUUGACAUGGUUAGCUUUCUCCUUGGACUUGGCGCUCACCCUGAUGUGCAAGACCGCAUGGGCUGUACCCCGACCAUGAGGGCUGCAGAGCUGGGCCAUGAGUUGUCCAUGGAAAUUUUAGCCAAAGCCAAAGCUGAUAUGACAAUCGUUGAUAAUGAAGGCAAAGGUGUUUUGUUUUACUGCAUUUUACCCACCAAGCGGCAUUAUCGCUGUGCGCUGAUUGCCUUGGAUCAUGGUGCGGAUGUCAACAACCUCACCUAUGAAGGGAAGCCAGUUUUCCUCAAAGCUUGUGAAGAAGCACAUGAUGUGAAGGAUAUGUGCCUGACAUUCUUGGAGAAAGGAGCCAAUCCUAAUGCCAUCAACUCAUCUACAGGGCGCACAGCUCUGAUGGAAGCAUCAAGAGAAGGGGUGCUGGAAAUAGUUCGAGGCAUAUUGGAAAGAGGAGGUGAAGUGAAUGCAUUUGACAAUGAUAGACACCACGCUGCGCAUUUUGCUGCCAAAGGAGGCUUUUUUGAUAUAUUGAAGCUUCUCUUUGCCUACAAUGGAGACAUGGGGCUGAUUGGAAUGGACGGGAAUACACCACUUCAUUACGCUGCCAUGGGAGGCUUUGCAGACUGCUGUAAAUACAUAGCUCAGCGAGGAUGUGACCUAAAAUGGAAAAAUUUGGAACAUAAAACACCCCGGGCUGUGGCAAAAGAUGGAGGCUUCAAAGCUGCAGGCAAGGAGAUACGCAGAGCAGAAAGGACUGCAGCUAAACUCGCGAAGCCUGGAGUCAAAAAUCCUAACCCACUCUGGGCCCUCAGGCUGCACGACUGGUCUGCGGAGCACGAGGCUUUCCUUCGGGAAGCCUUUUCCUUCGUGGACAGGGGUGAUGGCGUGGUCAGCAAAGACGACUUCGUGACGACCCUGGAGGAGAAGCAAGACUUUGCCACCUCUGAGCAGCUGCUUUCCAUUGCUCAAAUGCACGAAAAAAGCCGGGGAGGCGGGGUCAACCUUAAUGAGUUCUUUAAGGGAACCAAAUACUUAAGUAAGUCUUAUGUCUUGGGAUCUUUCGGGCCUAAGAAAAAGAGAAAGGGUUUGGGCAAAAAGCCAAAGAAAGGCAAGUUUGUUCUGCCUCUCCCGAUCUGCACCAUUCCGGAGAACGCCUUUCCGCGGCGGACAGAUGGGGGCCCGCCCUACUACAUGAUCGAGACUUACCAGAACGUCACCGACUGCAGCAGGUUCAACCGGGACCACCCUCCUGAGCACCCCAUCCAGGACGAUUCUGAGUGGUACAUCGAUGAUCCCGGGAAGGUCUUCGCAAAUAUUAAUUUUAUCACCAAGGCAGGAGACCUGGCCUCUCUGAAAAAGGCUUUCGAGGCAGGAAUACCUGUGGAUAUGAAGGAUAGUUCUUACAAGACGCCACUCAUGACAGCGUGUGCCAGUGGCAAUAUGGAUGUGGUCAAGUUUCUUCUUGAAAGAGGGGCGAAUGUUAAUGCAACAGAUAAUUUUCUGUGGACUCCACUUCAUUUCGCAUGCCAUGCUGGCCAGCAAGACAUUGUUGAACUACUUGUUAAAUCUGGGGCUACAAUAGAUGCUAUGUCAAUCAACAACUCCACUCCUUUAUGUAGAGCCAUCGAGAGCUGUAGACUAGACACUGUAAAAUACCUGCUUGAUAUUGGUGCUAAGUUCCAGAUUGAGAAUAGAAAAGGGCAUGCUGCCAUGGAUGUUGCAAAGGCAUACGCUGAUUAUAGAAUAAUUGAUAUGAUAAAAGAAAAAAUAGAUAACCUACCUAAACCAGCAGAUAAUCAAAAACUGAAAGGCAAGCUUCCUAAACUGAAGACCGAAGGCACAGACAUCAAGAAAGAGGAGGAAACACUGUCAUCAAUUUAUGCUGUACCAACAAUAACAGAGGAAAAGAAAUUACACAAGGAUAAUGUGGUCUACCUCAAUUCACUGAUUACCAGUGGUUACACGAAGAAGGUCGAUAUCACAUUUAUCCCACAUAGGAUUUGGAGUCCUGAAGCCACCACGGCAGAGCUGAUCAGGAAGAGGGAACUGCGAAGGGAGAGAUUCACGUAUGAGGUGGACUUCGAAGACUUCAUGAUGCCUUUCCAAAAGAACAUCAAGGAGAAAGCUCAAGCACUGGAGGCGUCCUUGAAGCUCUAAGUCACAGCAGUUGCCUCCUGGGGUUAGUGCUUUGUGGCCCAGAGU